CGCCUAUCCCCGUAUUUUUCUUUUUCAAGACCCCUCCACCCCUUCAAAUUAUAAUGCUUCGUUUCUCCUCCAAGUUGAUGACCUCAGCCUCUGUUGCUGCCAGACAAUCUGUUCGUAUGUCAGUUGCUGCUCCCACCAUGUGUGCUAAGCGUUUCAUGUCUGCUGAUGUUCUUCCUACCCCUGGUUCCGGUGCCACUGUCGAUCCCAAGAUUGCUGGUAUUGUUGACCAAAUUGAAGGUUUAACAUUAUUGCAAACCUCUGAACUUGUUGCACAAUUAAAGACUCGUUUGAACAUUCAAGAUAUUGCUAUGCCCAUGUCUAUGCCUACUUCUGCCGCCCCCGCUGCUGCUGCUGAAGAAGAGAAGCCUGUUGAAAAGACCGAAUUUAACGUCAAGAUUGAUAAGGUAGAUGCUGCUUCAAAGGCUAAGGUUAUCCGUGAAGUUAAGAACUUGUGUGGUUUAAACUUGGUUGAGGCCAAGAAGUUUGUUGAAAGUGUACCCAAGGUUCUCAAGGAAGGUAUUUCCAAGGAAGAGGCCGAGAAGUUACAAAAGGCUCUUGAAGCUCUUGGUGCUACUGUCAUCCUUGAAUAAAUUUUUCAUUACCCUCCCCCCCUUUUCAAUUCACAUCCCUGUCGCAAGCCAACAACAAACAACAACUACCAACUUUUUAUAGACCAGCAAAAUGAAAUAAAAAUAUAUAUAAAAAAAAAAUCGUACAUAUAAUAAAAAUAAUCUCGCAUAUCUUGUGUAUGUGUGGGCUGUCAAAAAAGAA